AUGAAUCAAGUCUACGAUUUAAAUAUUGGAAGUGAGUAGGGCUUUUAGAUGUAUAUCUUAGAUAUUACAGUGUCAAGUUUUGUAGUCAAAAUCCUAUUACCAUAUUCAGCAGUAUAUAAUGGUAUUGAAUUCAGAUACUACGCCUUUGAUGACAAACGCAGAAAAGUGAUAUCCAGGUUAAAUUAGUUCAGCCCAGCCAAUGGGAUUAUUAAAAUAGCUCAUCCCAAUCCAAACUUCGUUGUUGGAAUCUCAUCAGUGAUAAGUUUAGAAUAUCAAAGUUCAUUUAGUUAUCAUUUAUAUGUAUCACAAGUUACAAGCACUGAUUGUUCCAUAACUAUUUCAAUAUCGAAUACCAUUACUUAGAUUGGAUAUUAAGUACUGCUUGGCACCAAGGAUGCAUUUUAUCUUUAUGAGACUGUUUAUGCUACUUCCAUUCCCUCUUAUGUAGGAGCAUUCAACUUUGAAUCAGGUUGGGAAGAUUCUUAGUUACUAGCUGUUUAUUAAGGAAUUUCUUAUCAACCACACACUACAUUUAGAUUAAGAAUCAAUAGAAAUAAUGCUGUAUUGACUUAAACAAAUUAUGAUAUAGAAUUAUGGGCUGGAAGCGUGUUGGAAUCAGUUUAUCAUAAAUAUGGUGGAAUAAGAGCAUAGUGGGAUUCAGGAUAUUAUUAAACUUUUUAACUUGUUAAAUAUUUUGUCUCAAGGAAUUAUGAUAAAAAUAUAGCUAGUAUAUUAGACUCAUUUGAAUUUAUAAUUCCAGAACUGAAUUUCUAAACUAAAAUUGAAGGGACUUUUACCUUUGAUAUCAGUUUGUCAAUCACUGAUUUUACAUUAAUCUUUAAUAGGAAAUGUGAACAUGGAAAAAAACUAAUCAUGUAAUUAAUACCUAAAGAUGAUUGUUCUUCCACUUAUUAUGAAUAUUAAAUAAAUUGUGAAUCCAAAUUUAAUAUUUGCAAAUAAAAAUUAUACUUUUAAACUUAGACACCUCUAAUCUCAAAAUUGAAAAUUGAAAUUGUUUCUGACUUUUCAUUUAAAAUUCAACACAAUUAUAUAGAUUAAAAUGAAAAAUUUACAUAUAUUGCUAAUAUCUAAUAUGUAUGA